AUGGAAUCUACAGGCCUUAUUUCUGGAAUUCCAAAAAAUGCUGAUUCUGUAACAACAAUCAAAAGUAAAUUAUCUCUCUAUAAAAUUCGAAGGUUUUGGAAACAAAUAAUAUUAAGCUUAUUAGCUGUCUCGAUUUUUUUGACUCUAAUAUCCCCAAGUGUCACUCUAAAGAACACGUCUCAAAAAAAGAAUGUUAUUUUCUUUGUCACUGAUGGAAUGGGUCCAACUUCAUUGUCAUUAGCCCGUUCAUUUAAGCAACAUGUUUACAAUUUACCUAUAGACGAUGUCUUGACUUUAGAUAAGCAUUUAAUUGGUUCUUCAAGAACAAGAUCGUCCGAUUCAUUAAUUACUGAUUCAGCCGCAGGUGCUACUGCAUUUUCAUGUAGAUUAAAGACCUAUAAUGGGGCUAUUGGUAUUGAUCCACAAAAGAAUCCAUGUGGAACCUUGUUAGAAGCUGCUAAACUACAAGGUUAUAUGACUGGGUUAGUUGUAACAACAAGAAUUACAGACGCAACUCCUGCCUCGUUUAGUGCUCAUGCAGAUUAUAGAUUUCAAGAGGAUCUAAUUGCAUCUCAGCAAUUGGGUAAUUAUCCAUUGGGCAGGAUGGUAGAUUUAUUAAUGGGUGGUGGUAGAUCGCAUUUCUACUCCUCAAAUUCCAAAGAUAGUGAAUGGGUUGGUAAUGGUGGUGCACGUGCCGACGAUAGAAAUCUAAUUCAAGAGGCUCUUGAUGAAGGUUGGUCCUAUGUAGGUGAUAGAGCAAGUUUUGAUGAUUUACAGAACGGUUUCAACGUUUCAUUACCACUAUUAGCAUUACUAGCUGAUAAUGAUAUUCCUUUUGAUUUCGAUAGAGAUCCAACAGUCCAUCCUUCUUUGAAAGAGCAAGCAAUGACUGCCAUUAAUGCCCUUGACGAGGCUACAAAAGAUUCAGAUGAAGGUUUCUUUAUUAUGAUUGAAGGUUCACGUAUUGAUCAUGCAGGUCACCAAAAUGACCCUGCAUCUCAAGCUCGUGAAGUAUUGGCCUUUGAUGAAGCUUUUGAAGCUGUUUUAGAUUACGUCUCAAAAACAGAUACUGAAACAAUCGUAUUAUCCACUUCUGACCAUGAAACUGGUGGCCUUGUCACUGCUAAGCAAGUCACUAGAACCUAUCCAGAUUAUAUUUGGUUCCCUGAAGUUUUGGCAAACUCGACUCAUUCAGGUGAAUAUUUAAAAAAAGUUUAUUCCAAUUUCAUUAAAUUUUCAAAUAAUUUAACAAGAAAUGAAAUUAAAAAUUUUAUUAAAAAGGAAAUUUUCGAAAAUGGGUUACAUAUUUUCGAUUAUAGAGAAAAAGAUGUAUUGGAUAUUAUGUCAUAUAAAGAUGUAAAUGAAGUUCAAGAAAAGCUUAACAGGAUGAUCUCCUGGAGAGCUCAAAUAGGUUGGACUACACAUGGUCAUUCUGCUGUUGAUGUUAACAUUUAUGCAUAUUCAAAUAGGAAAACAACUUGGUAUAGGAUUUUGGAUAAAUUGCAAGGUAAUCAUGAAAAUACAGAAAUCGGUAAAUUCAUGGAAGAAUAUAUGAAUUUGAAUUUGGACGAUGUCACUGAUAUGAUUCAAGAUACAGUCCAUCAUCCAGAUAUGACUGCAAAGGAACUCGAAAAUAUGGAUGAAUUUGCAGACGAAUAUUUCCAUCAUUUGAAAAUUUCUCUAGAUUAA